GCAGAAGCAGCGCAGGGAGCGAGUCGAGCCGAGCCGAGCCGGAGCAUGGGGCGGCUCAACCUGCGCGGCUGCCUGGGCUGCGGCACCAAGGAGGACUUCACCCUGUCCGGCGCGAAGGAGAAGGGCGCCGGGGAAGAUGAGAACUCCGAGCGGGGCAACUGGUCCAGCAAAACGGACUACCUGCUGUCCAUGGUGGGCUACGCCGUGGGCCUGGGCAACGUGUGGCGCUUCCCUUACCUGACGUACCAGAACGGAGGAGGUGCAUUUCUAAUCCCCUAUACGCUUAUGCUGGCAUUAGCUGGCUUGCCUUUAUUUUUCCUGGAGUGCUCCCUCGGACAGUUUGCCAGUUUGGGGCCAGUGUCCGUGUGGAGAAUAUUACCCAUGUUUCAAGGUGUGGGAAUCACGAUGGUCCUCAUCUCAACCUUUGUGACCAUCUACUACAAUGUUAUCAUUGCCUAUGCCCUCUACUAUUUAUUUGCCUCUUUUCAAAAAGUGCUGCCCUGGUCGGAGUGCUUUGAAUGGGCGGAUGCGAGGUGUGGCAGGAAUCGCACAGUGAAUUCGUGCAAUGCUACCUUAGGUAAUACCACCAUUCAAGUCAACUCCUCCUUCCUCACCAGCCACAAUCUGACGUGUCUCAACGGCAGCAUUAUCUACAAUAAAAUGCAGCCUCCCAGUGAGCAGUACUGGAACAAAGUGGCUCUUCAGCGCUCGAGCGGGCUGGACGAGACGGGCCACGUCGUCUGGUACUUGGCCCUGUGCCUCCUCCUGUCCUGGAUGAUUGUCGGGGCCGCGCUCUUCAAGGGCAUCAAGUCCUCAGGGAAGGUGGUCUACUUCACAGCCCUCUUCCCCUACCUCAUCCUCAUCAUCCUGCUGGUGAGAGGUGCCACGCUGGAGGGGGCUAUGGACGGCAUCGAGUACUACAUCGGGAAGCAGUCCAACUUCACCAAGCUGAUGGAGGCGGAGGUGUGGAAAGAUGCAGCCACUCAGAUCUUCUACUCCCUGUCCGUGGCUUGGGGCGGGCUGGUCGCCUUGUCCUCGUACAACAAAUUUCACAACAACUGCUAUUCCGAUGCCAUUUUUGUCUGCGUUACAAACUGCCUCACCAGCGUGUUUGCUGGGUUUGCGAUAUUCUCCAUCUUGGGACACAUGGCUUUCCGGGCGCAGAGACCCGUCUCAGAAGUGGUGGACUCAGGGUUCGAUUUAGCAUUUGUCGCCUAUCCAGAGGCUCUCUCCCAGUUACCAGUUGCUCCCCUAUGGUCCUUCUUGUUUUUCUUCAUGCUUUUGCUCCUGGGUCUGGACUCUCAGUUUGCUACCAUAGAAACACUUACCACAACCAUACAAGAUGCAUGUCCCAAGGUGAUGAAGAAGCUGCGAAUUCCUAUAACCCUGGGAGUGUGUGUAAUCCUUUUUCUUCUCGGCCUUGUCUGCGUCACUCAGGCUGGAAUCUAUUGGGUUAACCUAGUGGAUCACUACUGUGCUGGCUGGGGGAUCCUGAUCGCAGCCGUCCUGGAAAUAAUCGGCAUCAUCUGGAUUUACGGAGGGAACAGAUUCAUUCAAGACGUGGAAAUGAUGAUCGGGAAGAAGAGCUUCCUCUUCUGGCUGUGGUGGCGAGCGUGCUGGUUCGUCAUCACGCCUCUCGUCUUGUCUGCCAUUCUGGUCUGGUCGGUGGUCACGUUCUCAGCUCCCACGUACGGCACGGUGAAGUAUCCUGCCUGGGGCAACGCUGUGGGCUGGUGCAUGAUCGCCUUUUGCAUCAUCUGGAUUCCCAUUUUUGCAGCCAUCAAAGUCGCGAAAGCUCGAGGAAACCUGUGGCAGCGCAUUGUAACCUGCCUGCGGCCAGCUCCGAACUGGGGGCCUUACCUGGAAUCACAUCGAGGAGAACGAUACAGCCACAUGGUGGAUCCCAAAAAGGAGAAGGACCAUGAGAUCCCGACGGUAGCGGGAUACGUGCACAAGCCUCAGUGAGACGCCGAGUUCCUCCUGCAGAUUUUUAACCUGAAUAGGAUUUUUUUAAUGUUAGGAGCCAGUGAUGCAAAAGAAGAGAGGAAGCCAUAGUAUUUAUUAUUAGCACUGAAUGUUUGUGGAGCAACCGGUCAUGGACCAGGGACUGGACCCCGGGAGGGCAGCCAAGUGUGUCCCAGCCUCCCCGGCGAAGAGGGGCCGGCUAUCCCCUACCCCGUCCUGUGGGGCGUGGCACGCAGCUGGCCUGCAGAUGUUGCUCCCGGCUGCAGCGGGGCUGGGGCAGAUGGGGCUGUGCUGCGCACACCACAGCCCAGACACCCCUCCUGCCUGCUCCAGCACCUCUCAAGGGGCGCCUGGGCGGGCUGAUGUCUGGCUGCGUAGCCUGGGCACCGAGCAUCAUUUCUGCAGUAGCGGGGCCCAGGAUUGGAGGCUGAGACAAACGUGUGUUUGUGGAGCUCAAGUCUCUGAUACGGAGCGGUGAGCAGCUGCCGUGCCCUGCAACGAGGGUACGAUGCAGCAGAGUAGCUUUCUGCACAUUUCUAUCCACUGGGAUCACAAACGGGUCACUGUCCUGUCGUACGAGCACAGUCGGGAGUCACCGACCUCGCACAGCUGAGUAAAAGGCAGGGUAGAUUUGCACCUUCUAGGCUAAGCAAAGUAGACCACUAGAUGUAUAAGUAUGUAUAGAUCUAUAUAGCCAUAUAUAUAUACAGAGAGAUCUACAGAUAGAUAUAGAUAUCUAUCUAUAUCUAUAGAUAACUAUAUAGAUCUAUAUAUAGAUACAUAUAUAGAUAUCUAUCUAUAUAUAUAGAGAGAGAUAGAAUAUAUCUAUAUAUAGAUAUAGAAGAGAGAUAGAUAUCUAUAGAUCUCUUUAUCUAUCUAUAGAAUAUAGCUAUACAUAGAUAGAUAUCUAUAGAUCUCUUUCUCUCUCUAUAUAUAGAGAUCUAUCUAUCUGUCUAACAUAUAUAUAAUAUGUUAUUUCAGCUACUUUAUAGUGUAUAUCUAUCUAUCUAGAUAGCUAGAUAGAUGGAUAGUGUUCACAAGUCUAUCAAUCAAUAGAGAGAUAGCUAUAGCCAGAUUGAUUAAUAGAGAUCUAUCGAUUGAUAUAGAUAUCAAUCUAUCUAAUAUAUAUAUAGAUCCAUGUAGAUAAUAUAGCUAUCCAUAUACAACACAAACUUUGUGAGCUGAAGCUCACUUCACCCGAUGCUGUGAAAGGCCGUGCGCAGAGCGGUAUAUAAGGGAAUGCAAAAUUUGCACACCAAAGCAGCGAGGGGGGCAGAGGGGCAUUGGGGGGACAGUCUGGGAGCAGCAAAUAUAAGCAAUAAGCCCUAGGACCACGGUAUCUGAUGAAGUGAUCUGCCCGUGCAAGGUUGUGCUGUACGUGGAUCUGUAACUACACGGGUUCGCCUAUAAAGUGUGAAUUGACCGGGCCGUCUGCACGACUUCAGACCAGAACACAACUGAUGGCGUCUGUCUUGCAGCUAAACCUGGAGCCCUCUUGUCCCCCCUGCACAGAGACGGCAGGGGAACGCGUUACCCUGCGCCCCGCUCCCCUUCGUUCUCGUGGGGGACAAGAGUCCCUCCUCGUGCGCGGUCCCACCCGAGGGCCUAGGCCCCACUUCAAAAGAGGGCAGCAGGAGGGUCAAAUCAUGCUUGAUAUUAGACUGUCGUCCCAGCCUGCCCGCGCUCAAAGCUCAGGAGUGCGGCACCGGGAAUCAUGACGGUCAUUUAUAAAUCCUGAUGCUUUAAGUAAAAAUCCUAGGAGAAAAAAGCCUUUUCGUUGGGUUGUCAGCAUUUCUCUGUGGUCCUUGUCAGCUUUCCUUGGUAUCGAUCAAGGCCAGUAACUCCCUUCCCUUUCCGCAUGAAGGCACGUGACCACGUGACUCCAGGGGCUGGGGAUUUAUGCCAACCAGCAAGUCUCAUGAGCGCUGAAUUUGUCCAUUCAUGUGAUUUUGGCUGUGAAGUGGCACGGUUUGUUUCCAAGGGACUUGGCCUCACGCAGGCUCCAACUUUACUGGCCACCAACACCUGCAAUUUGGUGGUGCAGGAUGGGAUGGAGGAUGUCUGUCCUGGUUUCGGGGAGCGGCGGGGACCGCUGUAUCUCUCCCCUUGUCGUUCCGGCUUCUUUGCAACAGCCUGGUGCAGAUUUCCAGCUCGCUGCCCCACGCGGGUCUCUGUCUCUCCUAGCCUGGGUGGGGAUCGCUGGCCGGGCGCUGGCUGUGCCGUACAAACAGAGGUUCAUUUUAUACUGGCAUUUUUGUGAUGAAUUAGCAAAUUCAGGAAAAUAAAAUGCAGAGUUUGUAA